AUGAAUAAUCAAAAACUAAAAAUUAAAGCACCUAAAAAACUUGAAAAACAAGCAUUAGAAUAUGAAUGGAAUAUAUCAUGGAAUUUUCUUUCGCAAGCAAUUAAAGAAAUAUACAAAAAUAAUACAUCUAUGUUAUCAUUUGAAGAACUAUAUCGUAAUGUAUAUAACUCCGUUUUGCAUAAACAAGAAGAUAAACUAUAUAAUGGAAUAAAAUCAGUGAUACAAGAACAUUUAGAAAAUAUUUCAAAUUUUGACAUGCAACUAGCAUAUAAAAAAGUCGAAACACUAAAUCAAAUAAAUAUAACAAGUAUCGAAGCUAUAGAAAUAGGAACAUAUUACCUUCAGACUUUAAAAAAUAUUUGGGACGAAUAUAUUCUAUGCACAAACAUGAUAUCACAUAUAAUGAAAUAUAUGGAUAAAGUAUGUACAAAGCAAGCUAAUAAACUAAAAAUUUAUGACACAUGUAUUAUUCUUUUCCGUGAUUAUAUUAUAAAAUACGAAAAAAUCCCUUUCGGAAAAUAUGCUAUUAUGAUCAUAUUAAACCAAAUACGUUUUGAACGUCAAGGAAAUAAAAUAAACAAAUCGUCAAUUAAAUCAUGUCUGAAUAUAUUUAAUAGUCUUCCUGAUAAAACAAAUGAAAAUAAAACAGUUUUUGAAUCAGAUGUUGAAGUAUAUAUUCUUUUAGAAACUCGAAAAUUUUAUAUUAAAGAAAGUAAAAAACUUUUAGAAUUAUCAAAUGUUAGUCAAUAUCUUAUUCAGUGUGAAAAACGCUUAGAAGAAGAAUACAAUAGAACUAAAAAUUAUUUUCCAUUUCAAACUGGCCCAAAAAUAAAACGUAUUGUAGAAGAAGAAAUGAUUUUAAAUAACAUGAAUGCAAUAAUAAAAAUAGAAUCCUCAGGAUUAUUUUUUAUGUUAGAUAAUGAAAAAUUUGAAGAUCUAAAUCGUUUAUAUAGAUUAUUUAUCAGUGUAGAUUUAAAUUUAGUCGAACUAAGAAAAAGUAUUUUGACUAAAAUUAUUGAACUUGGUGAAACUAUAAAUUCUAAAAUUAAUAAUAUGCUUUUAUUACAAAAAGAAAAAAAUCAAAUAAAUAAAAAAAUUCCAACAAUUACAUAUGCACUUACAUGGGUCAACAAUAUUCUUCAACUUAAAGACAAAUAUAAUAAAAUUUUAAAAUUUGCAUUUCAAAAUGACAAAAAUAUUCAAAACACUAUCAACGAUGCAUUUUCUAGGAAUAUAAAUAAAAACCCCAAAUCUAUAGAAUUUAUAUCUAUAUUUAUUAAUGAAAAUUUAAAAAAAACACAUAAAAAAGGAAACGAUGCAAAUAUUAUUUUAGAUAAAGCAAUUAUUUUGUUCAAAUAUAUUAAAGACAAAGAUAUUUUUGAAGAAUAUUAUAAAAGUUAUCUUGCAAAACGUCUCUUAAGAUCAUAUUCAAUAUCAAAUGAUACAGAAAGAUAUAUGAUUACUAAAUUAAAAUAUGAAGCAGGAUAUAGAUUUACAACAAAAUUAGAAGGAAUGUUUAGAGAUAUUCAACUUUCAAAAAACAUGACAUUAGAUUAUAAAAAUAUGUUAAAAUUAGACUCUAAAAAAACUUCUUUCAAAUUAAAUGUUGCUAUUUUGACAUCAAUAUUUUGGCCUAUAACAACUGAAAGCAAUAAUUCAACUUGCAUUUAUCCACAACAGAUUGAAGAAGUAAAAAAAACAUUUGAGUCAUUUUAUCUUUCAAAACAUAAUGGAAGGCAAUUAUUAUGGCAAGGAAAUAUGGGAAAUUCGGACUUAAAAAUAUUACUUAAAUCAAAUAUUUACGAAAUAAAUGUAUCUACAUAUUCAAUGAUAAUCUUACUUUUAUUUAAUAAUAUUUCAGAAAAUGGUUUUUUAAGUUAUAAUGAUAUUCAAAUGGCAACGUUAAUACCGAAACAUGAAUUAACAAAAAAUUUAAAAUCUCUCAUUUCUGAGAAAUAUAAAAUUUUAUUAAAAUUUCCAAAUUCAGAAAACAUUGAAGUAUCAGAUAGGUUUUUAUUUAAUAAGAAUAUAUCAUUUUCUAAAAAAAAAAUGAAAAUUUUGACUAUAAAAAAUGAUAAAAUUCAAAAUAAAGAACACAAAAAUAUAACAGAAAAUAUUGAGGAAUCUAGGAAAUACCAAAUAGAAGCAGCUAUUAUCCGUAUUAUGAAAAAUCAUAAAACCUUAGAUCAUGCUAUUUUAGUUGAAGAAAUUACAAAAAAAUUAUCUCAACAUUUUGUUCCUAAUCCCUCAAUAAUUAAAAAAAGAAUAGAAUCUUUAAUAGAAAGAGAAUAUAUGCAAAGACAUGAUGAAAAUCGUACAACAUACAAUUACAUAGCAUAA